CUCCAUUCAAAGUUCACUUCAUUUGACAGAUAAAAUGCGUUUAUCAACGGUGUGCAACAUCUUAUGCCUCACAAUGCUCGUCACAUUCAUUCCCGCAUAUACACGUUCAGCUGGCUUACCUGAUAUUAGAAAUAUUCAUGUGGACACAUUUGGACAAGAUGAAAGCGAACAGCAAUUCACCCAAUCACCGACUGAAGAAAACGGAGGAGAUUAUGAUGAUGACGAAAAUGAGAAAUUGGAUAAGAAAAUGGAGUAUGCGAUAGAAAAUGAUAGUGUUGAUGAAAAUGAUCAUAAUAUUAUUAUGAAUAUUAAUAUCAAUGCAAAUGAAGGUCACGAAAAACAACCUGACAAUGGUGAUGAAAUUGAUACCGAUUUCCUUCAAUGAAUGUGAG